UAAAUGCCAAGUACUGUAUUCCACUACCUCCGGAUUACGUUAGCAUCUCCGUUCAUUUCCCGGACCGCCGGCAACUAUUCUUGACCAAAGCACAUCCUCCAUGGACUCCAAUAUCGCUAUUCUAACCCAGUCACAUAGAGUUGUUGCAGCAAAAAAACGCGAAAAAAGAAAUCAGAUCAAGGAAGUCCUAUUCGACGAAGAUGCACGCAGAGAGUUCCUCACCGGAUUUCACAAGCGGAAGGUGGCAAAGAAAGAGGAGGCUAUCAAGAAGGCGAAGCUCAGGGAAAAGCAGGAAAGACUAGACACGCGACGCGAGCAUCGGCGAGCCUUAGCGGAGCGAGCCGCACAGAAUGCUGCGGAGGUUGAGAAGGCAUAUGGUGCCAUCAUAAAUGAUUCAGAUGACGAGGACGAGGGGCUGAACUUCUCGGGGAAUGACAGGGAACGGGAGGUAAACGGAGAGUAUGAAGGCGAAGAACAACUUGCCACUGUUACAGUGGUCGAAGAUUUUGAUCCUGCCGCCUUCUUACAUGAUCCACCCAUAACCGGCUCCGUACCAACUGAUCGGUUGGACACCCCCUCCGUCACGGUCGUGAAGACAAAAGGGAAAGAAAAGCCCCAUAAUGAUCCUUUGAAGUCAAAACGCAAGGCAAAGAAAAACGAGAAGACGAAGAGUGUCAAAUACCAGACGAAGGCGGCACGUCUGGCGGAGCGCUCCAAGCAGCGGGCACGACGCACAGAGAAGGCAGAACGGGCCGGAGGAAAAUCUUCGAGGAAGGGAAAACGCAGAUAAUUUCAGGUUAUUCCCUUGUCAAUCAUGUAUUUUCUCAUUCUGCGCAGCUUGUAGUAGAUUCCUUUCAUUAUCAACAGGUUUCUUCGGAGUAGUUACUAAUUUGAAUGCCGAAACCUCCGGUAUCUCGGCGGUUCCGGCCGGACAUAUAUGAUGUAACCGACACGUUUGC